AUGUUCAUACUGCCAAACUUGCACAAUCUCUAAAGACAUCAAUUCAUGUGGGUGUAUAAACAAACUGAGAAAAGACAGCACGACAUCACGCUACAAAAGAUACAUUCGGCAUGAGGGUUAGUUUUUACUUUAAUCUUUACUUUAUUAACCCAAACAAUUUAAUAAUUGAGACUAUUUUAAAAAUUUCAUAGUAUACCUUGUCUAUGGCAAUAUUUAGUAUUUGUAACAGGGCUGUUUCUCUUAACAGUAUAUUGAUUGUUAGUCUGUUUUAUUUGUAUGUGCUUGGCCUUGGGAAGGCGACUUGUUAAAAUAACAUCAUCCGAAACAACUUGCUAAAAUGACAACAUGCGUCACUCAGACGGUGUUUUGGCUGGGAACGCGAGCGGAAAGUUCAACUUCGCGUGUCUUGUGAAUCUUGCAAUACUACACUAUUCUUAAUCCUGAGGAUGAUAUAAACUAGUCGAAACGUCGAUUAAAAAUCAAAAUGUUAUUCGGAGUUACUGAAUUAUUGCAAUACUGAUAACAGCGUUCCUUGGGACACUGAAGUGAAGGAUUAUACCUAGGUUUCUGAUUUACAGAUGUAAUAGAACUAAAUAUAUUUUUCAUGACUAAGCGUAUUUCAAAGUCCAGUUUGUAUAGAAAUCUCCACAAAUAUCAACGAAUUUAUGCUUAGAAAUCACUAUUAUUCAUGUGCUAGUAACUUAGUGAAUUGUCCAAUAACUCGGUAUUUUCCCCGGGUUGGGAAAUACCGAGUAGUAUUUUCCCCCGAGAAAAUACAGAGUUAUUUUGUCAACAUUUUUUUCGCUUCGAAUUUACGAAUUAUUAUUUGCAUAACUAGCAUUCCGUAACUUCCGGGGAUUUCCCUCAGAAUGCGCACGUGGUGGUCGGGACAACUCUCACGACAAUACAAUAUAUUAUAGUAAUACCGGUAUUUUCUAUUUCUGUUGAUAAAAUAGUACCAAAUGUUUCUUCCUGCUUUCAUUCUCUUAUUAUUUCUCUUAUAUAUUUAGUUCCGUAGAUUUUCAAGAGUUGGUAUCUACAUUUUCGUCAUUUUGUUUGCAGCAAUAUUUUUUUUAUCGGGUCAGUGUUAAAAGUGUUAAUAUAAUAGUUUAGCGAGUAGUAUAUGCACGAACUACAUGAUUGUAUUCCUUAUUUGACUUAUUUACGAACCAUCCUGAUCUUUUCAUGUUUUGUUUUUGUUAGUUUCAAAUCAAAGAGUUUUUGCUGAGCCAGAAGUCCGGAAUUCCUCCUUUGUACAUCUUGUACCGAAAGGUCGAGGUAAUUAAUAACAUACUACUCUGAUACAUCUCAAUGAUCUCAUGUAAGGAAGUUUACAAAUGUCUGGCAAUGACAAGACAAAAUGGCUUGUAAAAUUAUAUUCGUCAAUUUAGUAGGAACCUCAACUAAUGAGACCAGUUUUUUUUUACACAGACCCUCAAAUUUGGUCACUGGUCUCUUUAAUUAGAACUUUAAUUAAGUAAGAAAUUCAGUUGUGCUAUAUAACUGAUGAUGCCAUUUUCCACAAUUAUAGUGUGUUCCAUCACGGACUGUGAAAUGUAUUUCAAAAAUAGCGAUAUGGUGGUAACCUGCAUCACUGAAAACUUAAGAAAGAAUUACAACUAUUGGAAAAUAAUGGCAACAUGUGACAACAAGCCAGUGUACAUUUGCAUAAUGUCAGUGUGGAAAUUGAAUGACAAUCGCAAUGAAGAAUGUAAGCUACUGGUCAAUUCCACUUCAGGCCAUGCCAGUGUCAUUGUCCACAAUGGCAUGAAAUACAAAUCUUGCAUUAACAUGCUGUGUGAGUUCGACAGAAGCGUGAAUUGUGGUGUUCCAGGAGGCAGUGGUCAGAAAGAGAUACUAAAAGCAGUAGAUAGAGGUUGGUAUGAACUGACAAGAAUAAACUUGGCAUGUAAAUGUGUAUGUAGAAUUCAUGUUUACAACAUGGGUUACGAGUGUUUGCAAGAGCUUCCCAUUGUCUGCUAUAACACAAAAAAAUAAUAUAAAUUAAUUUGAUCACUAACAACAAUUACUUAUCAAGGUCACAAGAUUAUCAUUACCUAAGUGCAUGAUACAAUUCAACAACAAAUACUGUUAACAUGACAUCAUGUUCAUGACAGUUAUUUAAUAUAAUUAUAUUAGCUAGGUCAUUAAAUAUUGUAUCUACAAUUUAUCUGAAUACGAACAAUUUAUGGAACAUGUUAGGUGGAAUCACUACUGAGCAGUCAUCGCCAAAUCCCACCAACAUUACUGCCACCAACACCACUGCCAUCAACUCCACUGCCAUCAACUCUAGUCCCACCAAGAGUGCAGGAGGAGCAGUGAAAAACAGCACCGACAUUACACCAACUACUCCUGCAGAAGGUAGAUACGUGCAUUAUAGAUAACUUUCUUGUUUUGAGGACACACCACGAUUUUGUAAACCAGUAUGAUCAACGCUUUCUCAUUUCCGAUACAGUACAUGUACAUUCUUUGCACAAUUACAGGAGCAUUAUGCAAACUUAUAUUACUUCUUCACAAUAAAUGUUUUUAUUACUUUCUCUAUUAUAGAUAAAACAAGGACGGACCAACCAUGUUCAGCAGCGAUGAAUACAUUACGCACCAGUCCAAUAAUGCUUGCUCUCAUUUUUUUUUUGAGCCUUUAUUUUUAAUUAAAGACCACGUCAAGUCCGUAGUGUAAACAAACACUUUGUUUACAUUUUGAACUCAGUGCUAGAGUUGUAAUAUAUUAGAUAUAUAUUAUACUGAAUUUUUAAGAAAGUUCAAAAGAUACAAAAUAUUAAUAACAUUCCAACGGUCGGAUCCCCCGACCAUUGGAAUGUAAGCCUCGCAGAAUGUAUGCGCAGAACGGACUUUACAUGGUCUUUAAAAUAGAUAUAAAUAGUUACUGUAUCAUAUUUUUUUGAAAUAGGUACUUAUCUUAUUUUUUUGAAAUAGAUUCUUAUCCUAUUUUUUUAAAUAGAUACUUUUAUAUACUGUAUUUAUACGGUAGAUAUUAGGCAGUUGCGAUAUUGAAAAAAAAACCGAUACAUCGUUAUCGAAAAAAAUACCGAUAAUAUCGACUAUAUCGAAUUAUGCAAACCAGGUGAUCUCGUGUUCGUAUUUUAGCCAAUCAGCGCUCAGAAAGGGUUGUCCGAAUAGAAAUCCAUUUUGAUGUAUUCAGUCA